UAAUUCUCAUGAAGAAUUCAUGGUGAAGAAAAACACGUGGACGAGCUCCAGUGAACAAUCAGCAAAUAACACAUUUUAAAUUACAUCUGGAAUGUCACGAAGACCCGAGCAUCUAGCACCUCCAGAAGUGUUUUAUAAUGAAGAGGAGGCACGAAAAUACACCCAGAGCUCCAGGAUGAUGGACAUCCAGGUCCAGAUGUGUGAAAGGGCUAUAGAGCUUCUUUUACUCCCUGAGGAUGAGCCCUGCUUCCUCCUGGAUAUUGGUUGUGGAUCUGGACUCAGUGGAGGUGUCCUGGAGGAUCAGGGACACGUAUGGAUUGGAGUGGACAUUUCCCCGGCGAUGUUGAAUGUUGCCUUGGAGAGAGAAGUCGAGGGUGACCUGGUGCUUGGGGACAUGGGGCAGGGUAUGCCCUUCAGAGCUGGUAGUUUUGAUGGAGCAGUGAGUAUAUCAGCCCUUCAGUGGCUCUGCAACGCUGACAAGACUUCCCACAACCCAGUGAAACGUCUCCAGAAGUUCUUCGUCUCCCUCUUCGCCUGUCUCUCAAGGACAGCAAGAGCUGUUUUCCAGUUUUACCCAGAGAAUGGCGAGCAGAUAGAGCUGGUGACGACUCAGGCGACACGAGCUGGAUUUUUUGGUGGUGUCGUCGUGGACUACCCCAACAGUACAAAAGCCAAAAAGUUUUUCCUCGUUUUGAUGACUGGUGGAGCCAUGCCCCUUCCCAAGGCCCUCGGUGACGAGCACGAGGGAACUAUCAAGCACACCUCCAGGAGGGAACACCUGAAGGCCCGGGGCAAGGGCCUGAAAAAAUCCAGGGACUGGAUUCUCGAGAAGAAAGAAAGGAGGAGGCGACAGGGAAAGGACACCAGGGAGAACACGAAGUACACUGGGAGAAAAAGAAGUGGAAGGUUUUGAAUAUUAAAAUAGGAAAGCGAUUGUCAUUUUUUAAUUAAAGAGGAACGAUAAAUUA